UCUUUCUCUCUCCUCCUCUGCAACAAAAACAACUCUCUCACUCCUCCCCACCCUUUACGAAACUUUUUGAAACUUUUACAAACUCACUCUUUUUUUCACAAGCAAUCCCUGAGAGAGGAAUAAAAAUUAAACAAAAAAAUCAGAAGGGAAAAGCCAAGGUUUUCUUCCUCUGCAGAAAAUCCAAUAGUCCCCUUCUCCUUUUCCUCAUUCUCUGUGGGUGCUCCGGAGUCUCAACUCGCUCUUCUCCUAAAAUGGCUCAUACCCUUUUGUUUUAGGGUUUCCACGGUUUCUGGGCCACCUUCAAGUUCGUUCCUUUCGGUGGUUUUCGCCCCAUUCUGCAGUGCUAGGUCUUGAACCCGUUAAAGGGUCGAGGCUGCUAGCGCUGGAGUUCAAGUGGGGGCGUGGAAAAGGGAAAGGGGUCGUAUUGUUUUUGUCAAAAAGAGAGGGCUUUUAAUUUUUAUCUUGUUAUUCAACUGUUGCUUUGAGUGCGUGUUUUUGUUUUUGUGGGGCUUCUGUGAACAGUGGUUGCUUUUUGGGAGGCUUAUUUUGGAAGCAAUUUACCCCCUUUUGAACGUGAUUGUAUUUAGUGCUCUCAUGGACUCACAGAAUGUUCUCUUUUGAUCUUAUCAAUAGUGGGGUUUUGUGUUUUUUUUCUUCUUUCACUUUUUGGAUGAGGAGAGCCAUUGGACUUGUGAAACCCGUGAAUUUGGUUGAUUAAUGUAGGGAGUUGGAGUGGCAGGCCUUAUUUAUUUGCAGUGUAUUUUGGUAGAUCAAGGUGAUUUUUUACUUUUUUAUGGAUGGCAUUGAUGAUUUAGGGUCACAAUGGUUUGGAUAUAUGGAGCAUUGGAUUGGUGGUGAUGGGUGUCAAUAGCAUUAGCAAUUUGUUUAGGAUGAUGAUGAUGAGGUUUAAGUUGUAGGCAUAGAAGUGAGGUUUCACCAAGAUUCUGGGGAAUUUGAGGAGGCCUUGGUGAUGGAGGACAUAGGGUUGUUCAAGCAGUGUUGGCAAUGGUUUCGGUCGCAGAAGGACGCCGGCUGGCGUGCUCGAACCGCGGUGACAUGGUGCAGAGAUAGGACUGCUAUGUUCAUUGAACGGCAUUGGCCUAUGGUGUGCCGGGGUUGCUCCAGAUUGGGGAGCUUACUGAGGUUGUCAUUGAUUUUCUGGAAGGAUUCUGCUCUUAGGGGCUUUCAGUCCUUCAUUAGGUUUGGUCCUGUGAUGCUUCUGCUUAUAAUGUGGAGCUGCUUUCUUAGUCUGACCUCGAUGUAUUGCUUGGUUUACGUGCUUCUUAGUAUGGGUGUUGCUGGAGUUGCUGUUCAAUACUUGGGUUAUACUCCUGGGCUUUUUAUAGUAGGGCUUUUUGCCAUCCUUAUUUUGUGGAUGUAUGCUAACUUCUGGAUAACAGGAACAUUACUCAUAGUUGGAGGUUAUUUGUUCUCCCUGAACCAUGCACGCUUGGUGGUAUUAGUCGGAACUAUAUAUGCUAUAUACUGUGUUCAAGUACGAGUGGGAUGGCUGGGUGUUUUUCUUGCUAUAAACCUUGCAUUCCUCUCUAAUGACAUUUUGAAUUUUCUGCUCCAAUGGUUUGAUAAUGUGAGUGAAAGUUCGCAUUCUGAAGAGCAGAAGCAAUCAGAAACAGUUGUGGAAGAUGACUUCUCUGAAGAGUGUGAAUAUCCUAUACCUACUGAUGAAUCUGAGAAUUUGCAUUCAUGUAAAUCAUCCAGUAAACCUGCUGUUACCACAUCAGUUGUUGAUAACAAGAAAGAACUUUCUGUUAACAAAGUUGUUAGAGAACAAACAACAAGUUCAACUGAUGAAAUGAAAAGGAUAUUGAAGAGUCUGAAUCAUUAUGACGCUCUUGGAUUUACCCGCCACAAGAAGAUUGAUGCAGUAGUUUUGAAAAAGGAAUACCGGAAAAAGGCUAUGCUUGUGCAUCCUGAUAAAAAUAUGGGCAGUUCUUUGGCAAGUGAGUCAUUUAAGAAGCUUCAAUGUGCAUAUGAGGUUCUUUCUGAUUCUGUGAAGAAGCGAGACUAUGAUGAACAAUUAAGGAAAGAAGAAUCCAUGGCUAAAAGUGUCUGCCAGAGAUCCCAUAGUAGUUCACAUCAGGAUAAUACCGAUUAUCGUUCUGAAGAAUCCAGACGAAUACAGUGCACCAAGUGUGGGAAUUCACAUAUUUGGGUAUGUACUAACAGGAGUAAGGCCAAAGCAAGAUGGUGUCAGGACUGCUGUCAGUUUCAUCAAGCCAAGGAUGGAGAUGGAUGGGUUGAGUAUAAAGGGUCUUUGGUUUUUGACAGGCCUCAAAAGGUGGAGAUUCCACGUGCUUUUGUUUGUGCUGAGAGCAAAAUUUUUGAUGUGUCAGAAUGGGCGAUAUGUCAGGGAAUGGCUUGUAGGCCGAAUACCCAUCGACCGAGCUUCCAUGUAAACAUGGUUGGCUUGGAGAAAAGCCAGCGGUGCAACUCGAGUAGAUUCCCAUGGGACUUGGACGCUGAAAUGAUGAUGGAUGAAGAUGAAGAGGCAUUCGACCUGUGGCUUCAGCAGGCUCUGGCAUCAGGUCUCUUUUGUGAGACUUCUAAACGCAGGAAGAGUUGGAGUCCAUUCAAAUUGAGUCAGAAGAAAGGGAAAAAGCAAUGGCGAAGAACGUCAUGUUGAAGUAAGUCGGUAGGGAAAGUUCACAGUUCAUUGCAUAUCCCCAAGGGAUUGAUGGAGUAAACAUUUUGUAGAAGAAAAGUGAUGCAUGGCUGAGAUCAAAACAAGGAAUGGCCAACAACACUCAGAAAAGUGCCUUAUCAAAGAUAGAUGAGAGCCAUGGGUUGAAUUUUGUAGAACCAAGGUUGGCUAGUGUCUCAACCACAUUCCAUUUAUGUACUAAGGUGUUAGAAGUGCAAAAAAAACCUUGGUUUCUACUUUCUAGGUGUUUCCCUCAUUGCUCAUUUGCUCCUUCUGGUUUACAGAAUCCAGUAUGAGCUGGUUGACACGGAUCUGUGGCUUAAUGUAUCCUUGUUACAUUAGAAGGUGGUCUUUUUUGAGGGUUACCAAGGACUAAUACUUUGGUCCUUUGUACAUAAGGCUAAUAAAAAUUUCUCAUUUGGUAUAGGACUUGGUUAUCAGCAUUCAUUUUCUAGAGCUAUGUAACAUCCAUACCUUUUUUUCUCUCUACAACCUUUUGUUAUUAUUGGAUGGCAUGUCUAAUUUUCUGCAACACAAUCUUCUAAUUUUAAUCCUCGGAAAUUAAUUGAA